AUGUUAAAACUCGAUAACACUUUGGUAAAAUGGUUCUUGAUAGUGAUGGUAGUUUCCUUUGCUUUCAUUUUACAGCACGCUAGUGUGAGUGCAUCCACAUCUUCUACUACUGGUAGCUCUCUGCGAGAUUGGUUAACAUCCUUACAAAGUGAAGCAUCUUCUUUGCAAGUUAAAGUAAAUCAAUUGGAAAAGGUGAUUGCCUUAUUGACUGAUUCCAAUUCCACCAUUUCCAUUGUACAGGUUAGAGCAGCACAACUUGCCAAGAUUAAGAAAUCGCUCGACAUGCUUAAUCUUGAAAUUCAAACAAUCAAUCAAGCAUGUUCAACAAAGAGUGGGCCAAACUGCGAUAUAUCAUUAUGCGAUUCUAAAUGCUUGAAUUGUACAUCAGCAGGGCAAUGUAUGAUGUGUUCUGGAAAUUGGACUGGACCUACUUGUUCAACUUGUAAGGUUGGAUGGACAGGUCCAAAUUGUAGCACUAUUGAUAAUGUUGGUGAUCUAGCAACUUCUUCGAUUUUAAAUUAUACAAUGGCAACAAGAUUUGUGCAAGAUUUGAUAUUAGGAGUUAAAAAGAAUGACAUUAAAUUGUUAUUCAGAUCAUCAAGAGAUGGUUUCUCGUGUGUUGCCAGUGUCCUUGCCAAUUUCCAAACACGAGUUUCCAAUAAGGGACCAACAUUUGUAAUUUUCCAAGCAACAUCUGGUGCCAUCUUUGGUGCUUAUACGAGUCAAAGUUUAACCACUGCUUGUACGCAGGUCACCGAUACAGCUACAUUCUUAUUCAGCAUUCAAUCUAAUACUGGAGAACAAAGGUUUACAAAAUUGCUCCCUCAGGUCACCACUAAUAGCGUUCUACCAUGCUCAAACCAGUAUUUAGCUUUUGGUAGAGGUUAUGAUCUUUUUUAUGGUUGUUGGGUGGGUGUAGUUGUUGGAAGAACAGUUCCUAAUACAUUCCCCAACAUGGGUCAAUAUUAUUUAAGUGGUUCUGGUGUUGCAUAUUCAACAACUGGUAGCGCCUUUGAUGUUACUGACUUUGAAGUGUAUUCAUUGUAA